AUGGAGAACACUAAUGCAAGGAAUGUAGAUGAGUCAGAAUCUUCUAGUGCCAGAAUAGAUCGGUUAGAAAGAAUGGUGGAAGCUUUAACUGGGUUGAAAUACAAGAAACUGAAACCACCAGAAUUUGCAGGGGGAAUUGAACCAUUAAAAGCGGAGGCAUGGGUAUUAGAAACCGAAAAGAUUUUUGAAGUGUUUCCGUGUACAAAUGUCUAUAAAGUUUUGUUAGCAACAUUUACUCUGACAGAAGAAGCUCGAAGAUGGUGGAUGCUCGUACGAGAUUACAAGAAGGCAAGGAAAUUUGAGGGUGGCUUACAUGUUGAGGUACUUGACCGGGUGAAUGUGUUGAAAUUAGAAAAAUAUGUUGACGUACUUGACAGGGCCUUGAUGGCUGAAACAAAUAUUGCUAACUUGAAAAUGUGCAAGCCAACAGCAAUGACCGAAGCAGAAAGUAAGAAAUUCAAGAAACAGAAAGUAGAAACAGUUAGUGAAUCCAUGGGCUCCGUGAACGAAAAUUUGACUUCAAAGUUUAGUGACAACACAAAAAGGGAAAAUGGUGGCAGUGUAGGUGUACCUACUUGUAGGGAGUGUGGAAAGCAACAUUGGGGUAUUUGUCGCCGUGGAACUGGAGUCUGUUUCAAAUGUGGACAACCAGGACAUAUAGCUAAAGCUUGUCCACAAGUUUACUCAAGAAAUGAAAGACCCAUUGCUAGUGGAGUUAACUCAAUAAUGACACCAAAGACAACCGUAACAUCUGCUCCGGAGGGGAAUACAUUGAGGCAAUGA